AUAAUCUGGCAACGGUGGACUGUUGACACCAAAGAGUUGACACUGAUGCUGAGUACGCCGCUGACCGCUUGCUGCUGGCUCCUGCUGACUCCUGCUGACACGAAGAGAUAAGAGUAAUUACAGGCAGCAAAAGAAGGGAGAUCAAGGCGUAUAAAGACCCAGGAAGAUAUAGAAGGCGUCAGAGGGCCUUAGAAGUAGGAGACUGGUGUGGCGCUGAGUCCUGCUGAAGUGCUGACUGGCUGGACACGAAGAGAAAAAUAAUUCCAGGCCAUAAAGGAAGGCAGAUAACGGUGUCUGAAGACCCUGGAGGCGAUAAAAAGCGUCACAGGUCCACAGAAGAAGAAUAAGCCUGGUACUGAGUGCUGAUCGAGUGAGUGACAGUCGCGGUGGUGCUGAGUACUGACCAGUGACCAGCAUGGCGUCCAUCAGCACCAAGGAGAAGCUGCUUUCCCUCAUCGACGACACGGAGCUCAUAUCCAAGGAGCUCCUCGAGAACAGCAUCGCCCCCAAGCAGCAGCGUCUUUCCCCAGCCGACCUGUCACAGCUCAUUGAACUCCUCAUACACAAAGACAGUGAGCUCAAGGAAACCAUUAAGCUGGCCAACGACCAAGCCAGGAUAGCCAGCAUCAUGGACACGGUGCAGGCCGAGGUGGACCGCCACGACCAGAUGAUCCUGCAGCUGGAGAAGCAGCUCUAUGAUGCCCAUCACAUGCUGUCCAUGGCGCUCUAUCAGGCCCGGCAGAAAAUGCAGAGCAUCCUGCGUGCCAACAAACGUCCCGUCAACAGCGAGGAGCUCAUCAAGUACGCUCACCGCAUCUCCUCCACACACUCUGUCUCAGCGCCAGACACCUGGCAGCAGGGCGACCCCCGCCGGCCCUACCCCAUCGAUCUGGAGAUGCGCGCUGGAUUCCUUGGGCAGAACGGACACGCGCUGCACACACACUCACACCUGGCAGACUCCCUGGCCAGAGGACAUCAUGCAGAGCCAACCUCCUCAGGGCUGGGCGGCACCUUCUCCUGGCAGCCCACGGGGGACCUGCAGGUGCACGUGGGCAACCACACCUCGGUGGUGGUGGAGAAGAAGGAGCAGGAGGACGUGGAGGUGAUGAGCACAGACUCCUCCUCCUCCUCUUCCUCGGACUCUCAGUGACCUAAGUGACACCCUAGACAUCCCUUGUGGCCCCCUUCCACUGCCUGCUCUGGUCCAGGGCAUAGAACUCCUUGCUAACACAGAAAAAGUUUAGCUUCUUGCCCUGUGUGCCAACUGUCAGUGUUGACUUGCCUGGCUGGCUGCCCAGGGAGGCGCUGAAGGGCAGCAAGCACCCUGCAGACCGCUGAGUGCUUCCUCCGUGCCAGGCUGGACCAGUGUUGUGCUGAGCAAAUGUCAAGUGUUAUGUAAUUCUCUGGACAAGGAUUUUCAUAUUGUUUAAUUAAAAUAAAAGUGCAGUUUUUGUAAUAUAUUUGACUUGCCAUAUGAGUGACAGAUGAGUACAUACGCAUAUUGAAAUGGGUUUACACUUCAAAAUGAAACAAGAACUUUGUAGGCACACAACGUCGUAACUGUUUGCCCUGAAGUGUGUUCAACAAACCGUGUGACAGGAGGAGGAGGGCCUCACAUGGCAAGAUGUGACUGACCAUCUCUCCUGUCAAAAUGUUUAGCUACAUAAAAACCUCUGGGUGGAAGAUAGAAAACAUGUUCACUAGGAUACAGUCUAGCUUAGCUCCUUCAAAGUGAAUGACUAUCAAUAAACAUAAUAUUCCAUGAAAAUUAUGCAUACUGUCCUUAAUACUGAGUUACAUGGUUGGCAGGCAAGUUGCUAAUGUUCUUCAGGGCUACACACACUUAUAAGAAUCUAAUGCAGCAUAAAUGAAAUAAAAACCCACAAAGCAGUCAGUAUUAAAGUGACAUGUAACUACAAGGAUGAGAUGCUACAAGUGUUUACAUCUAUGGUAAGAUCAAGACUAGAUUAUGCAGCCGUGGUUGUGUGGUCACCUCCUGAAAAAAAAACACAUAUGCAUGCUGGAAAGAAUACAGAGUGGCAAUGAUAAUGAUACCAAGCUGAGGAGAACUGCAAUACAAUGAGACCACAACCUGGGUAUCCUACAUUGCAAGAAAAGAGCAAGGUGACAAUCAUGGCAUUCACUCGUGUAAGACAGAAGACUUGUUGUUAGGGGGUAGUGGAAAGACACAGGCAUGGGGGCAUAAACUGGAAACCUGAAGAGAAAGGUGACAAUCAUGGCAUUCACUCGUGUAAGACAGAAGACUUGUUGUUAGGGGGUAGUGGAAAGACACAGACAUGGGGGCAUAAACUGGAAACAAGCGAAAGGUGUCUUAGGGCCGCUUUCAGUCAUUUUGUUUGUUUUGAUAGUUACCAAUGGCACCAAUCGCCGCUAUAGAAUUUCCACGUAAAACUGGCCGAUGGGGUAGUGGCGGCUGCGGGGUUAGCCUAGCCCCGCACCUUACCACACGCUCAACACCUCUUGCUUCCUCUGCAGCUGCCACUACCCCAUAGGCCAGUUUCACGUGGAAAACUAUAGCGUCGAUCGCCGCCAUUAGUAAUGAUCAAAACAAACAAAGUGACUGUGAAAGAGGCCCUUAAUCAUGGCAUUCACUCAUGUAGACAGAAGGCUUGCUGUGUUAAGAGAUAAUGGAAAGACAAAGGGAUAUGAACAUUAAUAAAAAUGCAAGAUGUGGAAUGGGUAUAAGAA